AAAGCGUUUUUCCCUAUAUAAACUGGCGAGCCCAGAAGCCUUGAAGUUAACUUCAGUCUAAAACUAGGGUUUUUGCGUAUUUCAGUUCGCUUUAUGGUUAUGGCCGAAGAGACCGCACCUGAACUCGCCGAAGUAAACUCGGCUGCCCAAGAGAUGGACCUCGAACCUGUUGGACCCGAUCAGGACCCGAGGGACGACGACAAAAACGGGGUCGAAUCCGCGGCGACGAAUGGCGACGUCCCGGGUUCGAAGCGUGCGAGAGAAGAAGGGUCCGAAGAAGAAGUAGACAACGUCGCUUUGGAGAAGAAGCAGAGGGUGGAGAAGUCCGUGGAAGAAGAGCGGUUGGAGAAGCAGGGGGAAGAAGGGGAGGAGGAGGAGAAGGCGCCGGUUCGGGUCAGCUUGGGUCCAAAGAUUUUCGAGUCGUCGCUGGAGAUGUUCGACUACUUCUACAAGUUUCUCCAUUACUGGCCACCGAAUCUCAAUAUCAACAAGUAUGAGCACAUGGUGUUGAUUGACCUACUUAAUAAGGGUCAUCCAGAGCCAGGCACAAAAAUUGGGGGAGGCAUCAAUGCUUUUCAAGUGCGAUACCAUCCAUUAUGGAAAAGUAGGUGCUUCUUCUUCAUCAGAGAGGAUGAAUCUGUUGAUGAUUUUAGCUUCAGGAAGUGCGUGGAUAAUAUACUUCCCCUACCAGAAGAGAUGAAGAUAAAACCCAGUGUUGACAAGGCAUUAAGUGGUCGUGGUGGUAAGGGUCGUGGUGGCCAUGGUGGAAGAGGUGGAGGCCGUGGACGUGGCCGUGGAAGAGGGGGUAAGCCGAGGAACUGAGGUAUCAUGUUUAAUUUACUGGAUGUGGGUUUUGUUUGUGGCAUGAAGAGUUCUGAAUUUUUUUGAGAAGAAACACCUACUUUACUUCAAUUUUAGCCUUCUGGCAUGAUUAUACUUUUCUUUAUAGUAGUUAAUAUUGAUCUUAAAGUGGGUUUUGUUA